AUGCCUCCUAAGUAGUAACCUCCCCAAUUGCAAUAGCAAUAGUAAACUCUCUAAGUAUAAUAGCAAUAAUAGCCGUAAAUAAAAAAUGGUCAGAACUCACCAUAAGUAAAAGCUAAUGCUUAAGUUAAUGGAGGAGAAAAAAAUUAAUAAAAAUCCCUUAUAUAGAAUGCUUAAAGCACAAAAGAUCUGUAAAAAAGUGGAAAAAAUAAUGUCCUAAUUAAUGAACAUCAUAAUGAUAAAAAUCAUGAAACACUGGAGGGAAAAACUAGAAAUAUUCAUAGUAAAUCCCCAAUGAAAGCUUAAACUUAGGUUAAAUAAAAUAGAGAACAUAGCAAAUAUAAGGUUGAUGAAAUACCAAGCAUUGUAAUGAGAUAUGAUAAUUCGUACAUAGUCAGAAAAUUAAAAAUGAUGUUUAAAGUCACAACUGAGGAUAAAUUAGUGAAAAGAAUGGCAAAAGAAAUGAUAAGAGAUAGAAACGAUAAGCAUGUAGUUUAUGCAGUGCAUCAUAAUCAUGCAGUUAACCUUGAGGAUGACAGUCAUGUUGAUAGACAGUUACGGAAUUGGCGCAGAAAAGAAAGAAAGUAAGAGUUUAUUGAAGCCAUCAACAAUUUCGCCGUCAAAGAAGCAUUACCCAAGACUUUCAUACAACAAAAAAUUAAAAUUGUGGAAGAUAAUGAAUGGUUGCUUGGCAAUAAAGAAGGGGAUAAAAUAGUUGAAGAGAGAGUAGGAAUUAUGCUAUCAAUCAACCAAAAGAAAUUUGUUGGUGUUUAACACUUUAUUGAGGAUAAUAAUUACGAGGAUCCUGACGAUAAAAAACUAUAAACAAUAAAAGAAAAAUUGAAAGAAAGACAACAAAAAGAAUUGGAUGAAAAGUAACAAGAAGAGGUCCAAAGAUUGCUUUUUAAAUUAAAGGAGGAAAAAAGAGCUAGAAAAGAGAAGAGAAGAAGAGAAAAACUAGAGAAGUUAAAGGAAGAUUAGAGAAUGUAAGAGGUAGAAUCUAAAAGGAAAAUUAAGCAUGACUAAGAUGAAAUCGAGUAAAAGCGUAAAAGAAUAUCUGAAAGUAUUAGUAAAAUGAAAGAGGAUAGAGAAAAAGCUUUUCACUCUUUGUAUGAAGACUAAUCUACAAAGGUUAUCUCAUAGCCACUAUAUAAGAAGCUUGAGUAUAGGUACAAAGAUUUAGAGGAUUCUGAAAUAGAAAAAAGAAAAAAGCAUCUUUAAUCUCUUAGAGAACUACAUUAACCUAUAGAUAGAUCAGAUAUUUUAGAGCAUUCUCGUAAGAUGGAAGAAAUCGUCAGAGAGAAGGUAGAGGAAAGAAAAAGAGAUAGAAUGUAAAGAUAUUAAAAUGCAAGCUAUGACUACAGCAAAUAUCAAAGCAAGUUUUUGGAUAAAGUCCUAGAAUAAGACUAGUAAGUUAUGAUUGAAAAGGAGAAGAAGGAUUAGGAAAGAUUGAAGGUUUUAGAGUAAAGAGAAGUCUAUGAUAAGUAUGUUAAAGAAAUGCAUUGGCCAAAGGUCAGCGAAAAAAAGAAAUCAGAGUUAGAGAUUUUAAAGCUUAGUUUGAAAACACCUGUGCUAAAGAAAAAAUCUCCAAGAAGUAGUGUCUUGGGUCACAACAGUUACAAAGAUAACGAUGAGGACAAUUCAACUUAUGGCAUACUAGGCCAUCACAGAGCAUCAUCAGAUAAUCAUGAUGGAAGUAUUACCAGAUCAAGGGUGAUUAAAUGGCCAGAUAAUCCUAUGGUUCCUAAACCAAAGGAGAAAAAAGAGGGAAAGAUUAUUGAUUGGCUAAGAGAGCAAAGAAUGAAAAAUCAAAAUGAUGCUUAAAACAGUAUUACAAUCAGCACAUAAAAUCAUGACUGGAGAAAGGAGCUAAGCAAAUUAGACAACAAUGGAAGAGACAGAUAUGAUAUGGUCCUAGAGAAAGCUAAAGAAAUGGAAGUAAAAGCUAAAAGAAAGCAAUAAAUUAUUAAUUAAGCCAAGGGUGGUGGGACUGUAGAGGAUAUAAUUUAAGUUAAUGAUAUGUAUGUGGAAAGUAUUAAGGCAAAACUUGAGUUGCUAAAUGAUAUUAGUCGUAAAUGA